GGAAGAUCACUCACCGCCACUUCAAUAAAUAUAUUGAGGUGAGAGUGAGAGAGACUUCUGUCUCUGAAUCAUCGAAGCUCCGAGGGAGUGAGAUUCGACUGUGGAUUGUGGAUUCCCGCUCUGCAACUGCAACUACUUUCUAUCUGAUUCAAUCUCUUCGCUGACUCCUUCUCAACUUUGUUCUUGUGAAUUCCUGCUUCAAUUUGAGGCCACAACUUUCCGUUUCCAGUAUCGGUAGGUGUUAAGAUCUGCGAUACCGAUGAUACCGUGAGCUACAACCUUCGUUAAAUGUUUGAUUGAUAUCAGAUCCGGAUUCCUGCAACGAUGGGUCACGUUAACUUGCCGGCUUCCAAGAGAAAUGCGCGGCAAUGGCGACUCCUGGAUAUUGUUUCCGCGGUGUUUUUUGGAUUGGUGUUACUGUUCUUUCUUCUCGUUUUCACCCGCCUCGGUGAUUCGCUUGCUGCUUCUGGCCGCCAAACUUUGCUGCUGUCUAACGCUGAUCCGCGGCAGCGCCUACGGAUUACGGAGCUGGUUGAGGCUGGGCAGAAGCAGGCUAUCGAAGCGUGCCCUGCUGAUGCUGUGGAUCACAUGCCUUGCGAGGAUCCGAGGAGAAAUAGCCAAUUGAGCAGGGAGAUGAAUUUCUAUAGGGAGCGACAUUGCCCGCCCCCUGAUGAGGCGCCGCUCUGCUUAAUUCCGCCGCCCGAUGGCUACAAGAUACCUGUCCAAUGGCCGGAGAGCUUGCACAAGAUAUGGCACGAUAACAUGCCUCACAACAAGAUUGCGGACAGGAAAGGACAUCAAGGAUGGAUGAAACAGGAAGGUCCAUAUUUCAUUUUUCCUGGUGGCGGUACCAUGUUUCCAGAUGGUGCAGUGCAAUAUAUUGAGAAACUUGGACAAUACAUUCCUAUAAAGGGUGGCACUCUGAGGACUGCACUUGAUAUGGGCUGUGGGGUUGCUAGCUUUGGGGGGUAUUUGCUUGCUGAGGAUAUUCUGACUGUGUCAUUUGCUCCAAGAGAUUCUCAUAAAUCACAGAUACAAUUUGCACUGGAAAGAGGGGUUCCAGCAUUUGUUGCUAUGCUUGGAACUCGGAAACUUCCUUUUCCUGCAUUCUCAUUUGAUUUGGUGCACUGUUCGCGUUGUUUAAUUCCCUUUACUGCUUACAAUGCUACAUAUUUCAUUGAAGUUGAUCGGUUACUUCGCCCAGGGGGUUUUUUGGUCAUAUCUGGCCCCCCUGUACAGUGGCCUAAACAAGACAAAGAAUGGGCAGAUCUUCAGGGUGUUGCAAGAGCACUAUGUUACGAGUUAAUUGCUGUGGAUGGAAAUACCGUCAUCUGGAAAAAGCCUGCUGGAGAUUCAUGUCUUCCAAACCAAAAUGAAUUUGGUCUUGAAUCGUGCAGUGAAUCUGAUGAUCCAAAUCGUGCAUGGUAUGUGAGAUUAAAUAGAUGUGUGAGUAGGAUGCCUUCUGCCAAGGAAGAAGUCUCUGUUGGAACAAUUCCAAAAUGGCCGGAUAGGCUAGCAAAAGCUCAUCCAAGAGCUGGAGUUGUGAAAAAUGGUUUUGAUGUAUUCAAUGCUGACUCGAGGCGGUGGGAAAGGAGGGUUGCUUUCUACAAAAAAUCUUUAAAACUGAAGCUGGGAACUCCAGCAGUACGAAAUGUGAUGGAUAUGAAUGCCUUUUUUGGUGGCUUUGCUGCAGCAAUAAGAUCUGACCCAGUUUGGGUGAUGAAUGUUGUUCCUUCUCACAAGCCAUCCACUUUGGCUGCAAUAUAUGACAGAGGCUUAAUUGGAGUCUACCAUGACUGGUGUGAGCCUUUCUCAACAUACCCUCGUUCGUAUGAUUUUAUCCACGUAUUUGCAAUUGAAUCACUCAUUAAAUAUCCAGGUUCCGACAAAAGCAGGUGUAACCUCGUUGAUCUAAUGGUGGAAAUGGACCGAAUCUUACGUCCUGAAGGAACAGUAGUGAUCCGAGACCAUCCCGAAAUUAUCGAAAGAGUAAGCCGCAUAGCUCGAUCCAUAAGGUGGACGGCAACGAUACACGAAAAAGAACCAGGAUCACAAGGGAGGGAGAGGAUUCUCGUUGCAACCAAAAGCUUUUGGACGCUACAUUGAAUAUUCAAAUGACGACGAUGGGGAUGUUUAUCUUAGCGACCCAAUGCAGGUACUCCUUUUUUUGAUCUAUUUUUUAAAAAAGUCAAUAUAGUAGUGAAAAAAAAAAGGAUUAGAAGGGGGAAGAAAGCCAAAAGAAAAAGGAAAAAAAGUGUGCAGAUUGAUUUUAUCCGAGAAAAGUUGAGAGUAGGUGGCAAAUAUUCUUUGUUCUAGUUCUAAAAUUUUCAAAAGGUUAGCUGAGUCUAUGGUUUAUUUUUGCACCAAUCUGAUCUCCAUUGCCAACUUCCUGUAUUUGCUCUCUUUUUCCUUCUGCAGUAACUUUAUUUAAAGGGCCUUUUGGUAACAUAAAAGUCAUGCCUGCUUUUAUGGUGGAAAUGGAAGUAAUCCAAAUAAAGAAUUCACAUAUGGGGUGUUUUA